AUGGAUGAUAUAAGUAUAAAGUUACAACAGAUAGUGGAGGACUUGGCAACAGCUAUUCUAAAGAGGUCAAGUGAGAAGAAUGGUGAGAGGAUAUUGGUGGCAAUAGCAGGUCCACCAGGUGCAGGCAAAUCAACAAUAUCACAUCUACUAUGUCAGAGAUUGAACGUCACAACAACGCAACCAAUGACCACGAUCGUACCAAUGGACGGCUUCCAUCUUGAUAACUGUAUACUACGCGAGAGGAAUCAGUUGGCGCGCAAAGGUUCACCGCCAACAUUCGAUGUUGAGGGCUUCCGAGUGUUGCUCACAAGACUAAAGUCUCGCGAGACAGGUAGCCAGGACAUUGUGAUACCAGUGUUUGAUCGAACACUGGACUUGGCAAGAGCAGGUGGCAGUGUGGUACAAAGUGAUCAUAAUAUACUGUUGGUGGAGGGCAACUACUUGUUGCUGAAUCAAGUACCUUGGAAUGCACUGUCAGAGUACUUUGACAUGUCAAUAUUUGUUCAGGCUUCACGUCCAGUGCUGGAACAACGUCUAAUACAAAGAUGGUUGGAUAAUGAUCACACUCAAGAACAAGCAAUCAGACGUGCCUUGUCCAAUGACAUACCCAAUGCCAUCUUCACACUUGAUCACUCAAGCAAAGCCACAAUCACAAUAGACAAUGAAUGA